GCUGUGACAAGACCUCCAUGUGUUCUACAACAGACUGCUCCUCUUCAAACAAAAGCAAUGCUGUCUCAUGUUCAGUUAUAUCUAUAAGAACAACGUGAGAGAAACUGAAAAAAGUGAUAAUUUUCAGCGCGUGUUAGAUCAUGGGUGGACCCAGGAUUUGGGGUCACGUGACGUUUACCAACAGAAAUCCACUAAAAUUAUGAGAAGUAAACAGUUUACGCAAUGAAGUGCCCAAACCCAAAAUGUGGGGUAGAAAUACAGAGAAGUAAUGCAAAAUUUUGCAGCAAAUGUCGUCAGAAAUUGAUACGAAAAGCAGAAUCAAUUAUAUGUAACGGCGAAGAUGACGACGGUGAAAAAUGUCGGGAAAACAUCAAAUCGGACGAACAAUUCUGUGCAAACUGUGGUAGAGAUGUUCUCCCAGAUGAAUUUCUAAUAGAGAAUUGCCAGAAAUGCGGUGAAUACUGCCUUGCUUCGAACAAGAUGUGCAUGCAAUGUUUACAAUCUGAUACGCCAGAGAACCGGACGGAAAAGCUGAAUGCCUUUGUGACAGAGCCUAUCCAGAAGCCUGCAGGGCCCACUGUAACGUGUGAAAAAUGUGGACACAGUCAGACGGGUUACUGGAGUUUCUGUCUCAAUUGUGGAAAAAAUCAUCCGUUCAAACCUAGUGGAGCUAUUGUUCUCACUGGGGACCAGACACCGACAUUAAGAACAAACGAUGGCUUUAUGGAGUCUCGUUACCCAGAUUGUGUGCCUGGGAAAACUCAUUCAGAUAGAAGAGAUACAGAAGACUUGGAGAAAACACAAUCCAAACUAGAGACAUUAAACUUCAGUGAAGAUGAUUUUGGAGAUAUAAACUACGACAUGGGAAGUGACGAGGUCGAUGAUGACAUUUUGAUUACGAUGGCAGAGGCGGUUGUGAUUCAAACGAUUCUUGAUAAUGAUCAGUCAAUAAAGACAAACACCCCUGUGAUUAGAAACGUUUCUGAUCAUAGCCAAUCGACCUCGGCAAAGGCAGCGGCGAUUCAGAAAAAUAUUGCAUUGACAAAGGAAAAGGUCGCCUUCAUUCAGAAAUAUCUUGGUCUUCAUCGGCCGACAGAAUCAAAGGUUGUUGUAAACCAGAAAGGUACUGAUCAGGCAAAGUUAGGUAAGACUGAGAUUCAAAAGGUUCCCGAUCAGACAGAGAUUGCUGCUUUUCGGAAACUUGCUGGUCUGGCAAAUGCGGAUACGAUUCAGAAGGUUCUUGAUCCGGCGGAGGCGGAAAUUUUUCAGAAGGUUCUGGAUCAAUGUGGAUAUUCAGAGUUAAUGCAAAUUCUUGAAAAUAGCAAGAAUGCAUGGCGGGAUUCGACAAUAACUAUAGCCAUAACAGGGGAAUCAGGCAGUGGAAAAUCAAGUUUGAUAAACGCGUUAACCGAACGAAAGGAUGAUGACCCUGGUGCUGCCCAUACUGAUUGUGUUGAAGCUACAAAAGAGCCAACAGAAUAUCCUCAUCCUCGCAACCAAAAUCUUGUUCUAGUGGACUUGCCUGGAGUUGGAACACCUUCUUUUCCAAAAGAUACUUAUAUCCAGCAAGCACGUUUAGAUCAGUAUGAUUUCAUUAUAUUGGUGUCUUGUUCAAGAUACACAAAUAAUGAUGCUUGGCUAGCACAGGAAAUAAUAAAUCGUUUUCCUGGCGCAAAUCUAAUGUUCGUUAGAACAAAAAUUGAUAAUGACCUGGAGAGUAGAAGGAAAGGCAGAAGAAUCCCGAUGUCAGAAGACGAAAUAAAAAAAGUUUUCAACGAUAUAAAACAGAACUGUUUUACAAGUCUAAAAUCUGAAAAAAAUAUAAAAAAUCCUCGCGUGUUCUUGGUGGAUAAUCAUGACCAAUCUAAGUUUGAAUUUGGCGCCCUGGUUGAAAUGCUAGUUGAUAAGGUGUCCGUUUUGAAGAAAGAUGCUUUAGUAAUGACCAUACAGAGUUGUACCGAAAAAAUCGUAGCUGCAAAAUACGAACUUUGCAUUAAAAGACUAGAGAAUAUUACCAAGCAGGCAGCUGUUGCAGCUGUUAAUUCAAAUAGAAAAAAUCAAGAACGUUUGGAGAUUGACAUUCUUAAGCGGGAAGUAAUUCUGUAUAAGGAGCAGUUUGGAAUCGACACACAAUCUUUGGAAAUUGUUGCGCAGAGGUUUGGGCUUGACAUUGAGGAAGUGUUUGUUAAAAUGGACUCCGAAACGCAUACGGUUUUGCAAUAUUUUGAUGAAUACUAUAUACAAAGAGAUAUGAUCAAACCUUCAAACAACUAUUUAAUUCCACUUGUAAGUAAACUUAACAAAAUGAGAAAUUACCAAAAACAAUGCUACAAAGUACUGAAAGCUGUAUUGAAAAUGUGCGUUAAAGAAAAUAAAACCCUUCAGAAGAACAUAGCUGUCUGGUCAUUGAUACCGAAAUAAGAGACUAUUCGCAAUGUUCCUUCAUCUUGACUCGCCUUGGAUGUAUGAUGUAAUACGGUAUCGAGCCAUGCGCGGGAUCGAUUUACGUCACCAACGAACACAUAUUACCCUUACACAUCAAUGCGAGUAAUCUAGAAUAUAAUGCAUUUUUAAUGCUUUCCAGUGAGUGAAUGUGACUUUUAGUGAAAUGACUAUUUUAGAUGUAAUCAGCUAUAUAAUUUUGUAAAUCUCUGAAACAAUUUUACAUGUACUAUUAUAUGUGGGAAAAUAUAGACAUAUAAAUUUGUACUGUAGCCUUUACAAACCAGUAUUGCGUCUUCUUCCUAAUUUCAAAACUGACGAUGAUCUGCAUAUUUAAGUAUAUGAGACCUUUCUAUGAUGCUUUUUAAAAUCAGGAACAAUAUGUAGUUUAUACCCAUUUUGGGUUAAUUUCAUUGUUUCUCAGACAAUUAUAAUUCUGGAGCUCUGGUUUGUAUCCAAUUAUUGAAUAGUUAAAUUGCAAUUAAGUCGAAAUGUAUUUUUUUUUUCUUGCUAUCAAAUUUUAAUUGUGAUGAUGAUAAGUUAGUUUUAAUUGUAAUUUUUAUAUACACUGUAAUGUUUUGUAAUUAAGUGUGGCCAAAAUGCAUUGUUAAAUAAAUGUUCUCUCCUGCUGGUGCAAUUGAAGUUUCAUUUUGUGUAUAUAUACCGUCUGCUUAUAUUUUUCAAUUUUCACUCAGAAUUAACGUAAAUAGCAUUUUUUGCUAAACUAUUAUUAUUUCAAAUUGUAUGCUUAAAUGGACUUUUUCAAAGAUUUUGGCAUGUAUUGAAGUUUGUCAUGUAUUGUUUUAAAUUGAUAAAUGCAAACAUUGGAACUAAAAAGCUGCAUU